CAACACAUCACAGAAGAAAUCCCCAUCUCCUGAGCCCCUUUGUGCCGGCGCCAUGAGGCGCUUGGAUGGGUCGGGGUUCUCCGUCUCCGUGGCCGGCAAGCGCAAGCGUUCGCCGGAGUACCCCUGCGUGUCGCGCUUCCGGCAGCGGCGACUCCUCUCCUUCCUCCGGCGCCAGAAGCUGUUCGACGCCUACGACGUGCUUACCGGCGAGUCGGGUGCGCGCAUCGACCUGUACCAUCUGACCGACCUUGUCAAGGCGGGCCGGUGGGACGAGGCCAUCGACCAUCUCUCCUGCUUCCUGCCGUGCGACCUUGCUCUGGGCGCCCACGGCCGCGUCCUCCUCCACUUCCUCCGCGUGCACAAGGCCGUCCACGACAUCGUCUCCGGGGCGCCCGAGAGCCGUGCCGUCUCUGCCGCUCUCAGGAUGUGCUUCACCAAGAAUUUUACCAUCAACCACGCCAUCACCAAGCUCCGCACCAUCCUCUGGUCCCUCCACUCCUCCAGCGGAUUCAGGGACUCCCUGGACUUUGGGCGCGUGAGAGACAAGGCUGCAUCCACUGUCGUUUACUUGGCUUAUCAAACUACAGAGUUGAGAGAACAUAUGAAAGAGGCGCGUGGCCCAGCGGAACCCCACAAUGUACUCCCCAUUGGCUUCGGCUUCCGUCCAAGGCGCCAUGUGAAGCGAGGCCCCAUCCCGGGCUCUGUUCUUGUCAGGCACUAUCUUCGUAAGAGGAGGAUGCUUGCUUCUUCGAUAUCAAGUCACUGUGAAGGGUCAAGUUCUGAAUCGUUAAUUAAGGCAAAAGAAUGGAUGGUGGAUCUUGUUGAUUCAUGUUUGGAAGCUGGUAAGCGGCAUCAAGGGUAUCCACUUCAAUAUGUUUGUACUCCAAUGGUACACAAAGGUGCUCCUGUUGAUCCAUUCUCGCGGAGUAAUCUUGGUACAUUCAGAAGUCCGGCUAGAAAUCCUGGCAUGUCAUCAGACACCGAUUUCGACUUGUUAGUCCUCAAGACAAAGGAAUGGGCAAUUUACCUUACAGAUCAACGGCUGGAAGCUUGGCCGGACCUUAGUCAAGGGUAUGAGUAUCCAUUUCGCUGUGUCAAUAAGGAUGGUUUUCCAGUUGCCCGAAUUUUGCAGACUAUCCCUGUUACCUUGGUGGGGCAUGCUAAAAGUUUUGCACUUUCAUCACUAACAAAAGCAGAAGUUCCAUCCUUCAUUCAGGUGCUCCAUCCUUUGGAAGGUCCUGCUAGAAACUAUGGGAUCUCACCAGUGACAAAUGCUGGUGGUCUACCUUCACAGUCCAUGUCUGCUAUCUUGGCACCUCCUUAUGACCAGUUCUUGAUUACAACAGAGAAAGAUGCAGGUGCUCUGUCCUCAAAGGCCAUGUCUGCUAUCUUGGCAUCUCCUUCUAAAUAUAUCAAGGCAAAUGCAGAUGUUCUACCCUCAGAGACUAUGUCUGCUAUCUGGGCAUCUCCUUAUGAAAACUCUCUGGUCUCAACAGUGACAAAUGCAGGUACACAUAAGCAUUUGAGUCAAGAACAUUGCUAUACUGAGAAUGUUUGCCAGGAUUUCAGCCCAAGGAAGAAUCCAAGGAUGGAACUGACAACUGUUGGGCAAGGCUUUAAUCCGAAAAGGCAACGGACAACUCUGAGUACACUAGAAGGCGCAUAUGGGGACACAAAUGAGCAGAAAGAGAGGGGGGUUGCUCGGCCCCAAGUUGCACGAAAAUAAAUAAAUAAAAUACAGCUUCGCUGAUUGAAGGUGAAGCUGAAGGUCACCUCACACCAUGUUCUUGAGUGGUGGGAUCGACUUUACUCAUGGAGCUUCUAUAUUUGUGAAAAGACGCCCCGAUACUGUUAGUGGGCUUGUUGUGCUGCUGCCCCCAGCGUGAACUUUGUUGUUUUUAUUUUUUGUGAACCUAUGUUGUGCGUUCCGAUCGUACUUUGAACUAUGUAUUAUUGCUACUUGAGCCAAGUUAUGUCUUUUUUUUUGGUAAAUUUGAGGCGGCAACGUGUUUUUUCUAGGAA